AUGCUUCAGCUCUGUAAAGGCGUGGCUCAUUGCCAUAGCCACGUUUUUCUUGGCUCCACUCAUUACUCCACUGCUGUUGACAUUUGGUCCGUUGGCUGCAUCUUUGCCGAGAUGAUUCGGAGGCAAGCUCUUUUCCCUGGAACACCGACUGAUCAGCAAUGGCCGGGUGUGAUGGCUCUGCGUGACUGGCAUGUGUAUCCAAAGUGGGAGCCGCAAGACUUAUCACGUGCUGUUCCAUCUCUGUCCCCUGAAGGAGUUGAUCUUCUCACGAAAAUGCUGAAGUACAAUCCAACUGAAAGAAUUUCAGCAAAAACAGCUCUUGACCAUCCCUACUUUGACAGCCUUGACAAGUCUCACUUCUGA